AUGGCUACCGCAUAUCAUCCUCUUCCCGGGGAAUUGAAUGCUUUCCGCCGUGGCCGCAAGAGCUCCCAGACGAGCUUUGGCUUGCCCCCACCGUCGCCGCAGAGGAAACGGGCCUCAUCAUUUUAUCCACCAAGGGAUCCUGUGGCAACAGACGAAACGAAUCCAUUCUACCUCGAGCGCUCUCUGGAGUACGGAGCCCAGCGAGCUCACCGGCCUGGUGCUCGCGAUGUUAGAUUCAGUGAAGAAGCUAAUCAGUAUUAUAUGCUAUCCGCCCUGAAUCCUGGAAAAGAGCUUCCUUUCCCUGUCCCGGUUCGUGGGGAGACUGCAAGGUCCCGUACUAAUAUCAAUCGGUCAACACUCUCUGUGGUUGAACUCGAGCAUCAACUAGCUCUUCAACAAAUUUCACCACAACCUUGGGGCCAAUCCAGCCAUUAUAGCCAAGGAUCGUUCGGAUCAGUGCAAACGGAGGCUACUCCAGACUUGACCCCAAGCAGCUCCUUCUCCUCGAACUACUCCGCUCCCAUAUACCCCGACGACGCAGUCAGACUGAGUGAGCAGUCUGCCCGUCAUUCUCAUAAAGAUACCACAUCUGGAAGCCAGAAAUUCUUCUAUCCCUCGACGCCCCAGAACCGUUCUCGAACGGCGGAGCUCAGCCAACCAUCUACACCCCCUCGGGAAGCCAGCCUGCAGACUGCGCCGUCCAACGCGUCGUCUGACACCUUAGUCAUGCCUCAGCCCGACGCUCUCGACUCCCACCGUGGAAAGCCACUACCAUCUCUGCCCGCUGUUGCGCGCAAUGCCAACACUUUAGCAAACAGAAGAGCCCAAAUAGCCAUUGGGAAACCUCCCAUAGAGGCAUGUAUGAUCUCUCCUCCUUGCCGAAUCAAUCCCGUCACAAUGGAGCCUCACACAACUCGCUUUGAUGAAACCAUGUUCAUCCCGGCCAAUGACUGUCCAAGUCCUGUUCCCAGUCCAGGUUCCAAUUCGCCUUCCAUGGAUAGGCCAGCCCCAUUUGCUCGCGAUAGGCCGUCAACAUCCACAUCGGAAGUGGUCUGUGAGCAUUCGGUGUGGGAAUCAGACUCGGACAGCGAAGAUGUGGAUCCGAAGUCGCUGUCGAGGAAGCCUAUGGAUACAUUGAAGAAGGUCCGCAGUCGCGUACACCUACGGGUGGCCAAGUCGGCCCCGAAGUUACAGAACUCCAGCAACAGUCCUCAAGCCCUAGAGAAAUGCCCUACGACGCCGGACAAGCCCCCAGAAGAUCGUUGCCCACCCCCGGUGAGGUCAAUCGGGAAAUCUCGUUUGUCUCCCGAUAAGUUCCCAUCGGCACCCCAAACGGUGCGUAUUGUGGCCCCAUCGACCACAUCCCUCGUGCCUCCGCGGACGCCUCGAUCCCGGCGCAACAGCAAAGAAGAGCGUCCAAACUUCGACAUCGAUCGGUCAACAGCAGCGGCGAUGCAGGCCAAGUCGAGGCGUAAGCCACGGUCUAAUUCGCCCCAGUCGUCCUUAUCAAGUGAAGGCGAUAAGAUCCGUACCUUGUGCCGCGAAGAGCGAUCGGAGAAAGCCCUUCAGCGUUUGACACCUUUACGACAACCUCUCUACAAACGUGUUUGGGAGUCGCUGCGCGUCCUCGGGUGCCACGGGGACAUGCCACCUCCUAGGCCACGCAAGGCCAUGUAA